UCUCCGUGUUUGCGUUUGACAAAGAAAUGAUUUGAACUUCCCGGAGCCGCAGCGAGCCGGGAUCCCGAGGCGCACCCGGGCCCAUAUGGAUGUGAUUUCCCAGCCCUCUCCCAGAUGAUCCAGCGGCACCGGGAGCCGCGGCGCUGAGCGCCUCCGCUGCCUCUGCCCAUGGGCUCCGCGGCGGAAUUUUGGGAGCUGCCCGCCACUCCAGCCAUGAGAAAGCGAGGAAAAGCCCCGGGAUCUCUCGUCAUGUGCCUCUCGGGCUGAAAGCUGGGGAGCCGAAGGAACAGAAAUCCCUUCGCGGAUCCGGGGGCACGCCAGGGAGGACGAGGAGAAACCCGCGCCGCUGGAAUUCCGAGCUCGCCUCCUCCCGCUUCCCUGCGCGGGGCUGGAUGCUGGAAGCAGCCCCUUGGAUAUGGGAUCAUAUCUGGUGUAUCCCAGCCUGGGUUUGAUCCUCUGCUGCUCCGUGCUCAGCUCCGUCUACGCGCUGGUGGAUGCCGACGAUGUCAUCACCAAGGAGGAGCAGAUCUUCCUCCUGCUGAAGGCCAAGGCCAAGUGCGAGCGCCACCUGAAAGCCAAGGUGCCCAAGGUGCACGAUGGCUUCUGCCUUCCGGAGUGGGACGGCAUCGUGUGCUGGCCCGAGGGCGUGCCCGGCAAGGUGGUGGCCAUGCCCUGCCCCGAGUACAUCUACGACUUCAACCACAAAGGCCACGCUUACCGCCGGUGUGACCUGAACGGGAGCUGGGAGCUGGUCCCGGGCAACAACCGCACCUGGGCCAACUACAGCGAGUGCGCCAAGUUCCUCACCAACGAGACGAGGGAAAGGGAGGUCUUUGAUCGCCUCUAUUUGAUUUAUACUGUUGGAUACUCCAUCUCCCUGGGAUCCCUCACAGUUGCUGUCCUUAUCCUGGGAUACUUCAGACGUUUGCACUGCACUAGGAACUACAUCCACAUGCACCUGUUUGUGUCCUUCAUGCUGAGGGCCGUCAGCAUCUUCGUGAAGGACGCGGUCCUGUACUCCGGGUCAGCCCUGGAGGAGAUGGAGCGGAUCUCCGAGGAGGACUUGAAAUCCAUCACGGAAGCACCUCCAGCGGAUAAAUCGCAGUUUGUGGGCUGUAAAGUAGCUGUCACCUUCUUCCUCUACUUCCUGGCUACCAAUUACUACUGGAUCCUGGUGGAAGGGCUCUAUCUCCACAGCCUCAUCUUCAUGGCAUUUUUCUCGGAGAAGAAAUAUCUCUGGGGAUUCACAUUAUUUGGCUGGGGACUCCCUGCUGUGUUUGUCACAGUGUGGGCCAGCGUCAGAGCCACUCUGGCCGACACAGAGUGUUGGGACUUGAGUGCUGGCAAUUUAAAGUGGAUUAUUCAGGUGCCCAUCCUGGCAGCUAUCGUGGUAAAUUUUAUUCUCUUUAUCAAUAUUAUCAGAGUCCUCGCAACCAAGCUCCGAGAGACGAAUGCAGGGAGGUGUGACUCGAGACAACAGUACAGGAAGCUGCUGAAAUCUACCCUUGUCCUUAUGCCUCUGUUUGGCGUUCACUAUAUUGUUUUCAUGGCUAUGCCAUACACAGACGUGUCAGGGAUUCUUUGGCAAGUUCAAAUGCACUAUGAAAUGCUGUUCAACUCUUUCCAGGGAUUUUUUGUUGCCAUCAUAUACUGUUUUUGCAAUGGAGAGGUCCAAGCAGAAAUAAAGAAGUCGUGGAGCAGGUGGACUUUAGCACUUGACUUUAAAAGGAAAGCCCGGAGUGGGAGCACAACCUACAGUUAUGGACCAAUGGUUUCCCACACCAGCAUCACAAACGUAGCCACCAGAGGGGCACUCGCCCUCCACCUCAACACCAGACUUAUUCCAGGGACCCUCAACGGCCACCGGAACUUGCCAGGCUAUGUGAAAAAUGGCUCCAUUUCCGAGAAUUCCAUGCCUUCCUCCGGCCCGGAGCAGUACAACAAAGACGAGGAAUACCUGAACGGCUCCGGGCUCUACGAUGGAGACAGGCCCACGGUCCUGGUGGAAGAGGAGAGAGAGACAGUGAUGUAAAGACAGGAGGAGGAAAGGAAAAAUUCAGCCAAAGGAUGAAAAAAAAAAAAAAGGUUCCUGGAGAGCGUUUAGUGGGGAAAGACCAUCAGGCCAUGCAGCGGAUUCCGAGGGUUUCCAUGCAGCUCCUCUGUUCUGUGGAAUGAGAGAUUAAGUUAUUUGGGGAAACAAAAAAAAACAAAAAAAAACCAAAAAAAAAAAGAAAAAAAGGUGAGCCACCAGCGUGGCCAGUGGGUGAUGCCACCCAUGAAUUCCGUGAUCCACGUUCUCCUGGUGAUAACAGAGCUCUCCAGACCUGCCGGACACCGGAGAUCCUGGGAGCUCGCCGGGGAGGGCUGCAAAGCCCUGCGUGGUCCUUGGAUCCCUCGGAGAGCGCGGGCGGCCAAGGAGGACGGGAGCGUCCCCCAGGAAAGCAGGAGGCGUGCAGGGAGGGUGCAGGGCCACCGUCCCGGGAGGGGACAAGCCACCCUGGGGGGCAGUGGCUUGGGUUUGGUUUGUUCUCUGCCUGUGGAUCUGCCUGGUGACACACACAGCGUUGGGAAAGGCCCCGCCAUCCGUCGGGGUCGGGUGGGGUACGGCCAGCCCCAUGCUCUUCCUCCCUUGGGAAUUCUUGCUCCUUGGCAAAAUGCUCCUCUGGGACGGGGAGGGUUAACAGCUCAUGGAGGCAGGCAGGGAUUGUCCUCUCCUUUCCCCAGGUCCUGGGGGCAAGGCAGGAACCGGUACAAUUUUACGGUUGGAUGUGGUUAUGGGUAUGUGCGGCAUUCCUGCUCUUCCAGAGGGGCGGGUGGAGAGGGAGCCACCAAGGGCGUGGAAUUUGCACAUCCCAGAGGGGUGAUUGUGGCUAAAACCAGCUCCCAGGGUGGAUAACUCGGCCCUGCCUUUUUGUGGGUGCUCCUGGAAAGCAGCUUCCAUCCUUUCUUAAAACUCGGGAUUGUUCCUCGCUCUGCCCUCUGAAUGUCCUGUUCCACAGGGUCGUGGAAUUCUGGAAUGGUUUGGGUUGGAUGGGACAUUAAAGGUCACCUUGUUCCACCCCCUGCCAUGGCAGGGACACCUCCCACUGUCCCAGGCUGCUCCAAGCCCUGUCCAGCCUGGCCUUGGACUCUUCCUGGGAUGGAGUAUCCACAGUGACUCUGGGCAAUUAAUCCAAACCUUAAUGAGGAGAAAGACUCCACCAGCUGCUCUUCCGAGGGCUAAUUAAGGAUUCAUUUCCCCAGACUCUGAAGGAAGUCAGGAAGAGCAGGUGGGAUCCUGACUUUGUGUCCCACUCCUUUAUCAACCUCUCAGGUCAGGGCCUGACCAAAGCCCGCUGGAAUCCAGGGAAAAGUCUCCUCCCUCUGACAUGUCCGAGGUUUGGAUUCAGACCUGGGGGGGAUGUGGUGGCUCUGAGGUCCUGACAGGAGCUGGAGCUCCUCUCCAUCAGUUCCAUGUCACAGAAUCCCAGAAUCCCUGAGGUCGGAAAAACUCUCCAAGGGUAUCAAGUCCGAGCUGUGCCCAAUCCCCACCACAGCUCCAAGUGCCACAUCCAGGAAUUCCUUGGACACCUCCAGGGAUGGGGGCUCCAAACUUCCCUGGGCAGCUCCUUCCAAGGCCUGAGCACCCUUUCCAUGGGGAAAUUCCUGCUGGUGUCCACCCUAAGCCUGCCCUGGCCCAGCCUGAGGCUGUUCCCUCUUGUCCUAAACAGGAAUCUUUGACAGCCAAUAUUUAUUUGUGAUGUUCUUUUCUUGUUUCGCCUCAUCAGAAGAAGUCAGACCUCAUCAUAACCAUUUCCCACCAAAUAAGAGUUAUGAAAAUAUCAACUUUUCAAAAGUGAGUCCAUUUUCCUGCUCUCUUCUUCUACCCCUCCUGAUUUUCUGGCUCAAAGGCAUUUCUAAAUUAUCAUUUCACUGCUGGAACAAAGCAAAAAUACCAAAAAACCCCAACCAGUGACUCACUCUUCGCUUGUGUUUAUUACUCAAGACUGAGAACAUUUGACAAUCCCUCAGAAAUUCAAGGAAUCAGCAAAAGCCAUAAAUUCAUUUAUAAACAAACAUAACCCCCCUCCUAAAAUGCAGCUCUCACUGAAAUGAAUUCAACGCUGGAUUAUUUAGGAUUAAAAUAAAUCAAACCUGUUUUUAAAUGUCGAUGAAAAUUACAGGCACUUGGGUUGUGCAGGGGGAAGAAAUAUUUUUGAAAAUGCUUUGAAUUGCAAAUCACAGAUAGAUUUUUCUUUCCUGGAUGUUUCUGUGCAUGAGAAGCAUCCAUGCAAAAAUUGGGAUAAUGCUGACACCAAAACAGAGGGAAAACUUCCACUAAGGCCCAGCAGGACCUGUUUGUCAGGGUGUGUUCCCAUCAUUCCUGGGCUGAUCCCAAACUCUUGAUUGAGUGUAUGGAUCAGGAUUAUCUGGAGAUCUGGUCAUCCCUCCUGGAUUUUAGUGAGGAAGAACCAGAGCUGGGAUGUCUAGAAAGAGAGAAAAAGCCCUGGCUUUGGGUUGGGAUUUGCCCUGGAAGGACAAAUGGAAUGAUCCUGUUGGAGCUUAGCCAGAGCCUCUGGACCCAGAGCAGGCUCCCCUUCCCUUCCUCCAUCUCCAGGAUCUGAGGACAUUUCCCAAGGAGUUUGUCCCCAUCCAAAGGUCUGAGUCCCCCUGGGAUGACAGUUCCUCCCCUGUGGGGUUUUCCCCUGGAAAGGCAGCCCCAAAGGCCACGGGAAACAGAAACCCUGGAGGGGAGGAUUCAUUUGUUCAGGAUUCACCCACUGCCCUCCACAAAUCCUGCAGGAAUGACAGGGCUUGUGCACAUCCCGUUCAGAUCCAACCUGGGAUUGUGGAGCGGAGAGAGCAGUUUGGAUCUGGGGCGUUACUGUGUUUGUGGGGUGCCCUGUGGUAGGGAGGAAUGAUGGAUCUGACUCCCUGUGCUCAGUAGGCUAAUUUAUUAUUUUAUAAUUCAUAUUAUAUUAAAGAAUGCUAAACUAAACUGUACUAAAGAAUACAGAAAGGAUACAGACAGAAGGUUAAAAGGAUAAUAAUGAAACUCCUGACUCUCUCCAGAGCCCUGGCACAGCUUGGCCCUGAUUGGCCAAAGAGUGAAAACAACUCACAGCAGAAUCCAAUGGAACAAUCACCUGUGGGUGAAUAAUCUCCAAACACAUUCCACAUGAGCACAGCACAGGAGAAGCAAAUCAGAUAAUUAUUGUUUUCCUUUUUCUCCAAGGCUUCUCAGCUUCCCAGGAGAAGAAUCCUGGGCAAAGGGAUUUUUCCAGGAAAUAUGACAGUGACAGGGUGUAGCAAAUGUGGCAUGGAAUUGUUGUCAUGGAAUCAUUGACAUGGAAUCAUUGUCAUGGAAUCCUUGUCAUGGAAUCAUCCCAGAAUGAGACGGGUUGGAGAGGACCUUGAAGCCCAGCUCAUUCCAUGGGCAAGGACACCUUCCACUAUCCCAGGCUGCUCCAAGCCCUGUCCAACCUGGAAAACAGGGGAAGAAACUUUCCCAAGUGCACUUCAAGGAGAAAGAAAAUAUCCAAAAGAGCUUUUCCCUGGUUUUCCCUGGUUUUCCCUCCUCCUUUGUGUCAGAUCUGUGCCCGUUUUCCUCUCAUCCUAGAAAACACCUGGCAAUACUCCAUGGAGUAUUUCCAUGGAACCUCUCACUUCCCACACGGCAAGCUGUGCAUUGCAGUAUCCCGGAUGACUGGCUCACAUGGAAUCUCCCUGGAAUCUUUUGGAUCAUCAUCCUCUUCUCCAGAGCCACAUGUUGGGCUUGGACAGGGAAUCUCACCGCUGGCAGAUUCCUCUAUUGCUCCUCUUCCUUUCCCAUCCACAGCAGCAGAGUUCUCCUCGGGAUUCCUUGCUCCAUGAUCCCUCUCUUUUCUGGGAUUUGACAGCUGUUUAAUCUUCCUUUUAUUUCUUUGGGAUGACUUUUGGCAGCAGUUUCACCAUUCCUGCUUCCCUGGAUAAGGGCAGACAAUUUUUUGUCUUUCUGCCUCCUCCACUCCCCUUGGUCCGGGUUCAGAUGAGAUCAUGUCUUGUCCUACCCCUCAUCAUUCCUCAGCUCUGCUCCUUGUCUUGUUCUGGAGCCAAAAAAGUUCACAAAGAUCUCCCAAAAUCGAUUUUUUUUUAGCCAGGGAUUGGCUUUGUUUAUCUGUUUAUGGGCAAUCAGCUGGAGGUCAGAGAGCAUCCACAGCGCUGGGAAGAAUUUUCCACUUUUCAAACCAUGAAAAUCCACAGAGAGGGAAGAUCUCCAAAGUUUUUAUUCCUCUUGGUUGUCUUGACAAACUCAGUGGCCAAAAGGGUUUUUAAUUUCAGAUUCAGAUGUUUAAAAAGUUAAGAAACCUCAUUUAUAGAUCAGGUUCUUUUUCUCACGUGUCCUCCUUGGUGAUUCCGUGUUCUCCUUGAGGUUUUUGUGUCCUCCUUGGUGAUUCCAUGUUCUCCUUGAUGUUUCCAGGUCCUCCUUGGUGAUUCCAGGUCCUCCUUGGUGUUUCCAUGUCCUCCUUGGUGAUUCCAGGUCCUCCUUGGUGAUUCCAUGUUCUCCUUGAUGUUUCCAGGUCCUCCUUGGUGUUUUCAUGUCCUCCUCAAUAUUUCCAAGUCCUCUUUGGUGUUUCCAUGUUCUCCUUGGUGAUUCCAGGUCCUCCUUGGUGUUUUCAUGUCCUCCUCAAUGUUUCCAUGUCCUCCUUGGUGUUUCCAUGUCCUCCUUGGUGUUCCCAGGUUCUCCUUGGUGUUUUCAGCUCCUCCUCAGUGUUUCCAAGUCCUCCUUGGUGUUUCCAAGUCCUCCUUGUUGUUCCCAGGCCCUCCUCAAUGUUUCCAAGUCCUCCUUGGUGUUCCCAGGCCCUCCUCAGUGAUUCCAGGUCCUCCUUGGCCAUUUAAAGAGACCCCAAACAGAGACACCAAACAAACUUUGCUGAGACACAAAUCCUUCAGAUCUGCUUCACUUAGUGAUUAACUCCAAACUAAUUUGCUGUCAAGGCUUUUAACGGCCCUUGAUAAAUCUCCUAAUCCUGGUUUUCCUUCCCUCAGUGCUGACAGGAAUCCUCACUGGCUGCUCUUUGCUCUGUAGGAGGUUUGGGACGGUUUGGAGCCGGGAUUUUCCUCUGGGAGUCUUUUCCCACACUUCAAUUCUUUUUUUCCAGACUGUCCCUCCAAAACACCCCCAACAUCUUAUUUAAAUAACUUUAUUCAGCAUUUAAUUUCCCCUUUUAACUGGGUGCAAAUUUGGCUGGAGGAAAGGGUUUAUGGUUCAAAGCCAGUCUCAGCUGGCAGUUCCCAAACCAGCCCAGAGCUUUGGGAUGGGAAUGUGAUUUCCUUGGAUCACCUUGGAUCACUCACUGUGCUCAUCACACCUGGGGCAGAGUUCAGGUACCCCGAGGUGGGAGAUGACUCCCAGAUAGUCCCAAAUCUUGGUGGAUUUAUGGGAAAAGGGCACAGAGAGCAGGGAAAGCACUCAUUGUGUUUGUGCCCCACUCCAGGAGGAUUUCAAACAACAAAACAGAAAUCUUCAGCGAUUUUUGUUUAUUUUCUGGGGUCCUGCUGUGUGCUCUGCUGGGCUCUGGACAGUGUCUGGAAUUCUGGCUUCUCCCAGGUCUCUGUGCUGGAUAAAACCUCUCCAGUGAGUGGGCAGAGAUGUUCUGAGCUGGACUCCAGGGCAGGACAGCUGGAAGCAGCUCCAAGGUGGAUUUGAGAUUCCUUGGCAUGAGGCAGGAGCUGCUCAGCUGAAGGGAAUUGGGGUAACUCAGAGCAGGGAAAAGACAGAACAGCUCUGGAGCUAAAGCACGGCUCAGGACUCGUGUCCAGUUUGCAAAAUGGAUUUCAAAUCCAGUUUCCAGCUGCAGCUCCAAAAAUGCUCUGCUGAGAAUUACAGACAGGCUUGGUGUUGGGAUUAAAUCCAAGGACACCCAGUGAUCAGCUGGACACAAAGCAAUCCCAUUUAUCUGUUCCUUUCCUUUCCUUUCCUUUCCUUUCCUUUCCUUUCCUUUCCUUUCCUUUCCUUUCCUUUCCUUUCCUUUCCUUUCCUUUCCUUUCCUUUCCUUUCCUUUCCUUUCCUUUCCUUUCCUUUCCUUUCCUUUCCUUUCCUUUCCUUUCCUUUCCUUUCCUUUCCUUUCCUUUCCUUUCCUUUCCUUUCCUUUCCUUUCCUUUCCUUUCCUUUCCUUUCCUUUCCUUUCCUUUCCUUUCCUUUCCUUUCCUUCCCCCUUUCCUUUCUCCUUUCCUUUCUCCUUUCCUUUCCUCUCCUUUCUCCUUUUCUCCUUCAUUCUCCUUCCCAUCCUUGCAUGUGAACUCAGAUCCUCCAAGUUUUCCCACUGUUUUCCCACUGUUUUCCAGUAGCCCCAGAGCACUCUAAGUUCCCAAUAAUGUGAACAUUUUGCCAGGAUUUGGGAGUCAAGUGGAGGAAAGACGAUCCUGGGGGAGCAUUAAAGGAAACAUUAACUCGGGUUCCUCUGGAAUCUUUCCCACGGAGCAGGGAAGGGUUCCCAGCCCAGCAUUUCCCCCUCCAAGUGAACUCCUGUUUUCCUCAAGGAUCUCGGCGUUCUAGAGUUCCCAGGAAUCUUUCCAGCAUGCCCAGGGGGUUGGGAUGAGAGCUGAUACAACAUUAAAUAUUCCUAUUUAAUUUGAGUUUCACCUUCUCAUCUGCCCCUGAGGUUUCUGCACCCAGCUGUGGGUCGGAGAUCCUGGUUGGAGUCGAUGAUCCAAUGGGGCUUUUCCAAUCCCAGCAAUUCCCUGAUUCUCUGAUAGUUCUCCUUUGGGAACACUUGUCCCUUGAGUACCCAUGCACAUCCCAAAAUCUGCCCCCAGAGAGGCAUUCCCAGGCAUUUCCUGGGCUGGAAAUCAGCUGAGGGAUUGGCAGAGGCCAGGAAUGAAUGGAAAAGUUCUGGAAAACUCACCCAGUUAAUCAGGAGUAACUCCAAUAAAUCUGACUUCUUUCCAUGCAGACAGAUCUGACAGGGGUAAAUUAGUGCCUAAUUAGGAUUUCUCCUAAUUGGAGGAAUAUUAAAAGGGCUAAAGGGGAAAGGUGGGGUGUCACAAAAUCAGAACAACUUCCUCCUCCUUUUCAUCCUCACUGCCUCUUUUCCUCCUAUUUUUUCACUGGAAAAAAGAGGUAAAUUAGAACAAACUCAGCUUGAGAACACGGAAUUCUGACCCAUUUCUCCUGGGUCCCACAGAGCAACUUCUCCCUUCCACUGGAGCAAUGGUUUUCCUGGCACAUUAACCAAGGAAUCCAAUGGGAUUUAAUUAUUUCCUCAAACUGGGGGUUAAUGAUUCUGGGCUAAUGGUGGGGUGUGCAAAACCAGAGGUGCUGGCACUAUUUGGGAUAAAACCUGAUCCCAGGAAAAUCAGCACCGAGGUGUCUGUGGAUUUCCAUGGAGUGGCCUUCACCCAUAAAUUCUAAGGAGGAAAAGGAGAAUUAUUCACAUAAAUUCUCGGUUCCCAAAACCUUAAUUGGCACUGGGAUUUCAGGGUGUCUUUAUCCUUUAGAUCCAGAAUCCAGCAGGAUCCCUGACAUCCAGAGGCAGGAGAAGGUCUGAGGGGAAACUCCUCUCCUAAAAUUCUUCAUUUCCUCUUGGUGUCAGCUUCCCCAUGUGGAGAUUUCGGAUGUGGGAGACACUUGGCUGGAAAUACCUGGAAUUGAAACGUUUGGGAUGGAGGGAUCAGCAUGUGCCUGGUUUCCAAAAUGCCCAGGGUUGCAUCCUCUGAAAUAGGGAUACAAAAUUCACUGGAAAGGCAGCUUAAGCCCAGCUCAACUGAAGAGUGGCCCAAGCAGGCUGGCUCAGGUGCCUGCAGAGGAGACAAAGCCGUGAGAAGCAGCAUCAGUUUAAAGCAGAGCUUUAUGAGACAUGAGCCAGCCUAAAGACAGAGCUGAGCUCUUCUUGCCAGGCCAAUCUUUUACCUCAUCCUCUGUCUAAACGAAUCCUUCUUCCUUGAGAGCUGCAGGAAAGGAGCACUCGGAGAAUCCCAGGAUGGGUUUAGGUUGGAAAGGAGCUUUAAAACCGCCCAAUUCCGGUUCCAUGGAACUAUCCCAGGUUCUCCAAGCCCUGCCCCACAUGGCCUUGGGCAAGAAGCCAUCUGCUGUUAAAGGUGGGAUCUUUGGCAGGCCAGGUUGGAUGAGGUGGAGCUGGUGGGACAGGAGGGGUGGGAAGAGAGAAAGGACAGGCACAGCCAAGCACCAAACCCAUCCCAAACCCAUCCCAAAUCCUUGGCCGAGCUCUUCCCAUCAGGAUCCAUGAGGAGACAAACCUGCUGCUGAAUCCCUUUGCUCCAUCUCAGCAGCUCCAGGGUGACCCAGCUCUGGUCGUCUCCACAAAUCACAGGGCCUGGGCUUUGGGAAAAGGGGUUUUUCCAGGAUAUUGGCUCCUUCUUCCACUCGGAGCAGGAGGGAGAGGAGCAGGGGGGUGUUUGUCCCUCUCCAACACUGAAGUGGGUUUCAAGACCUUGUCCCCCUCCAGAAGAGGGACAAAUCCCAAAAAACGAGAGGAUGAAGGUGUGAUCCCAGGGGCUUUGCCAUGUGUGUGUCUCCAGGCAGGAAUUUGGUUUACAUUCCUCCACUUCUGCUUUCUGCAUGGACCAAAGUAACGAGCGGGAAAGGCAAACCACAGGUGUAUGUAAAAGGGAAUUCCAAUAAAAAAGAAACCUUUAUUGAUUCUCAUGGAA